AUGUUUGAUCUUCUUCCCUCCCUUAAGCUACAGCUGUCAGCAAGGAGAGGGCUAACUUUUGGCCUCGUAUUUGUACUUUUAGUAGUCAGCCUGAGUUGUUGUCUUGCUUUGUCAAGAGAACACAUAGUGUCCAAUAGAGCUGACUCUUACACUGUUUCAUGUCCUCUUGAUAAGAGUUUGGUGUACAAAUUCAAAACCACAACUCUAGUUGGCGCACGUGGUAGUGAUCAUAAGGAAACAUCGACUACUCACGACAGAAAGGGUAAAGCUGGCAAUGCUGAAACUGUUAUUUCUGGACAAUUGGUGUUGACUUGUUUUGGAUCUACUUCCCCUGAGAAUAACAUCAUGUUGGUCUCUUUUAGAAAUACAAUCUUUGCUCAAUACCAAGGGUUGAACAAGGGAAUGAAAUAUCGCAAACUGAUCACUAGAAGCGAUUUGACUGAAAAGUUGAAUAAGAAUGUCAUGAUCGUGGUUCAAUCAAAGAGUGCACACAUCCACAAGCUAAUCUUCCACAAAUCUGAGAGUCGUUACGUGAGAAGUGUCAAGAAAGGUAUUUUGAGAUUGCUGACAACUGAGACUCGUAGAAAGUCUCGUCCUCAAACCGAUGGCUUUGGUGGUAAAUACUUUAAGGACUACCAACGAAGAAUGAUUAAAGGAAAGAAUUCAAGAAGAAACCUAUUAAGCAUUACUCAAAAGUACUCUCAUGAUGACUUUAUUUCUGCCUUACCUCUCGACAAGAGACAAAUCCAUUAUGAAGGUAAACAUGUGGUCCUGCUGAAUUUGAAGAAGCAUGUCAUUCAAAAGGGUAAAAUGACAGUCAAAAUGGAAUUUGGUGUUCGCAAACAUCCUCAUGUGGCCUUCAAGAAGUUUGAGAAACUGACCAAGAACUACAAACGUGAUAAAACUCCAUCCACAGCGCCGGACGCAGCAUCUGCAGAUCUUGAAACUUUUUACUUUGGAAGUAUCAAGCUAGAAAGAGUGCAAAACAGUGUUUCAUCAAAACAAGACAAGGCUCUCGAAGAAGCUGUUAAGAAUCUAAGACAAAACGGCAAGCAGUCCUCAAUAGGAAAUGAAUUUGAAUUCGAAAAUACCUUCUCCGUCACUAAGCAAGACAGAAGAGAAAUGAAGAAGUUGCAACGAAAGAGUUUCUCCUCCAAAACCUUCAAGAACAUGUUGAAGAGUGUCAAACAAACACCUGCAUCGAUCUCAGUAGACAUGAACAAGAAGCUUGAUGUACUUGCCAAGUAUGGACAAAAGUAUGCUGUGAAGGCAGGUAAAAUAUUACUCUCAGAAAUUAAGAAAGGUGUUUCUGAAUUGAACAAAUCCAGCGGUUCAAAGAAAGACCAAGUGAAGAGCUACAUGGAAAGUCUUCAAUCUUUGGUGGCAUCGAUCAAGUCUUCCUCUAUUCAAAAUCGAUUGGUUUCUCUCUCUUCAUCCCAUCCAAUGCUUGCCAACAACUAUAUUUAUGCCUCCAUCGUGAUCCCAUUGCCCACAAACGCUGUAUACUCCUUCCUGAAAUCUCUCAAGAACAGGGGAAUUAAGGGCUUAGGCAAGAAAUCAAAAGAAGAGAAAGAUCAGAUCAAAAUGAAUGCAUUUAUGGCGUAUGCUGAUUUAGCAUCCCGUUUAAAAGAUAAGAAACUUCAAGCAGAUAUUGUCAAGGAAAUUUUGUCCAGAAUUUCCUCUUCUAAAACGGCCACUGAGUUGGAAACCUAUGUCCAUGCUCUCAACAAUGCUGGAAAAGCUGUUGAUCCAAGAAUUUUGUUUGCCUUCCUCAAUAGCAAGUCUGUAGCAGAUUCUAUCAAAAUUUUACUUGCUAGAAAUCUUGAAAAGAGGUUACAGGAUGACAACAACGUCGAUCAGUUAGUGAAUGCCAUUCUCGAGUCCAAUAUUGGAAACACCAGCCCACGUGUGAAGGCUGCAGUCAUCAAUGCUCAAGCAGUAAGAGAGAAGCAUUUAAGGUCAGGUGCCUCCGUGGUUCAUGCGUCCCGAUUACAUCACCGAACAAGGAAUGAGGAACUCAAAUCUGCUAUUAAGAACUAUCUCUUUACCGUUGGUAGUGAGAGAGCAGGUAAAGAGUUGGCCAAAACCAUGAAAGUGACAAAGAAGAGAGGUGCCAGAAAACACCACAAGAGAAACAAGGCUACUCUACUGUCACUUGAUGACAUGCAGGCCCUAGACGAUGCACAAAAUGUUCUUGGUAGAAGAGGAAGAAGCGGAAGGCCAAGACUAGCCCGCAAAGCCACAGCAAAAAGUGCUACAAAAGCAGUCACAAGCAAAAAACGCGGCUCAGCCGCUCGAAGAACAACCGUUCGAAAGGCAGUGAAAUCAAAGACAGCGUCCAAAGCUAGAGCAAAGGCGUCGUCCAGAGCUGGUCGUAGAAAAGUUGGCAGCAAAAUUAAGUCUGCUUUCAAGAAGGUUGGUCAAAAAAUUGGCAACGCUGCAAAGACAGUCGGUAGAGGUUUGAAGAAGGCAGCAAAUUGGGUCAAAGAAAAGGCAAUGGCAGCCAUCAAUGCCGUCAAACGGUUAGUGGAACGACUGAAAGAAAAAUUUGGGACUGCCAAAUUCGAAAACCAACAAGCUUGCUUACCAGCCAGCGCCACUGAAGGAGAUCAAAUUUGCUUAUAUAAUCCAGACAUGAUUGAUUUUGUUCGAAGACAAGGUGAUUUAUCAACCAUUCAAAAAGCAAAGCAUUUCUCAUUUGAGAAGCUUGUGGGUAGUAAUUCUAUUAACUUGUACUGCGGGGCCUUGUUUUACUCGGGCACAACUUUUGUGUGUAAUCAAGACCAAAAGUAUUUCGAUUUUGUGUUGAUGGGAAGAGUGGAUGUUGAAGCAAACUUGUUCAAGAAGAAGGUCGUGCUCUUGGAAAUUAGUGCAGAAUUGGCCAAGAGACCUCAACAACCUGUGAAUGACAAGAUAUUCCUCAAAGUAUUCCAAACCACAUUUCUCAACACUCAUAUUUUGCCUGCAAAAAUUCGUCAAAUGAUUGAUGUGUGUAUGAGUGAUUCGAAACCAUUGUUUGAGAAGAAUUUCCCAAAGCUUGUGGACGUUGAGAGAGCAUUCCAAGUAGGUCCUGUGCCAGUAACCUUCCAUAUCAAUGUUGCUUUGACCACAAAGGUUGAGUUUGUGUAUGGUAUUUGCGUGGAUAAGCUUGAAGCAUCUGCAUCUUUGGAGCCUUUCGUUUCUAUUUCUGUGAGUGGUUCUGCAAAUAUUGGAAUUCCAGUUGCUCGAGCAGGUGUCUAUGUGAAAGGACAUUUUUCGUACAGGCUCAUCCCCAAGCUCGCUUUUGAAAAUUGUAAAUUAUGUGUUAGUCUAUCUCAUAGAGUGGACGAUUUAGGUUUUGAAGUAGGCCUAAAUGUCAAAGUAGUCAAAUGGACCAAAUUUUGGAAGUUGUAUGGCUUGCUUGGAACACCUUAUUCGAAAACAUUGUUCGAGAAGUGUCUUGCCUUGACUACAGGAGGAGGAGCAGUCAGAGCAAUCUCUGGUAAUAGCCAUCAAAAUGAUAGCCCAGACGUUAAUUUAAUUACAGCCACAAGUGAAGGUUCAACAAGCACACCAGACAAUCAAGGACAUCACAUCAUUACACCAACAGAAUUGAGAAAGAAUCACAUUGAUGUUGCAAGCACUGCAACAGAUUACAAACCUUUCUUUGGUCCUCAUGCUACCAAAUUACCAGCUGAAAACGAGCCUUCUAAUGAAGGAAGCAAUGAAGUUGAAAAGGAAUCAUUGAGAGCACCUGUCGAGUCGUCCAAGGAUUCAGUUUGGUCCUCAGAUUUUUUGAAAUCACAUGUUUCAAAAGACCUGUUGAACAAAGUUGGUGUUGAAAACAUGCGUCGAUUGCCACUCGAGUAUUUCGAAUUAAAUCGACAAGAUAGAGAAAAGAUUCCAACUGAUGUUUAUUCCCUUCCUCCGUCAGACAUCAAGUCUUAUAUUAAGCGUUUACCAAGAAGAUAUCACAAACAAGAACAUGUAGAGAUAGAUCAAAAGUCCUUCUCCAAGGUUUGGAGUAGAGAAGUGUUGGAGAGGCGUUUGCCUUCUUCAGUAAUGGAAAAAGUUCCCAUUCAAUAUUUGCGACAUUUACCAGACGAGGUUCUACGUAUUCGAAGGAGAGUGUUAGAAGAAAUUCCAGUUGAAGAUUUCAAAGGAGGCAAAGCCGGCAUAACGAACUGGAUCUGUCAUCAUUAUGAGGAUCUUUGCUUGUCUCUUGGAGGAACUCCAAACAUUCCACAUCAUAAGAACGGUAAAGUCAUGCGAAUUAAGGUGAAUGUCAACGUGGAUAGAAAGAAAAAUCAAACAGCAUAA